UAUAGCGUCAUCAAAUUGAUACAUUUUAGUUCGCUCGUCCGGUUCUAAACGCGCGCUCUUUGCCGAGACUACGAAUCUGUGCUCGCGCCCUAUAACCUGCCCUACCGGUGCAGCGCGACUGAAAGAGUUUCGAUGUGACACUGAAGUCAAGCCAGAGAGGAAGAAGAGAGAUGCCCAGCUCUGCGGGAAAUCUGUCACCCUCACCAGCUGGCGAUUUUUCCUUGUUUCGCAUGCACCUCUAACGCUUGCUUGCGGACCGUCAUAAUACCAUAGAAGAAGAAGAAGAAAGAUAGGCGGGAGCUAGACAGACCGCGGUGCCGCUUUGUGGACAACGAGUCCAAUUUUAGGGCGCAUAGACGUGUAUCUUGUCAGUAUAUCCAUAGUCUUUGGUCAAACACAGAAACCGGUUUCUCUCUCCUGAAAUAAGGACAUCUGUCCUUGAGGUGGAUAGAUAAAAGUAUCGCGUGACAUUAGUAGCAUAUUCGGGAUUGGAUGCUGUCAUUAAUGGUUAAAACACAUCUCAUCAGACAGUGUCUGUUCACUGCGAAGAGAGAGAGAGAGAGAGAGAGAGAGAGAGAGAGGUGGUAUGUGUGUCAUCUCAUGAGCUCGAUAGAGCCUCCCACCGGCGACUGCAUAUAUACACUGAGAGCGGCGGCCGUCGGCCGUACAGAGGAGCGAUUGGGAGAUAUAGAGAUACAUCGUACCGAGAGUCAGCUGAGCGCCGAUAGAGACAGACUGAGGGAUGGGAUCUACGCUCACAUAAAACAACAACCGUCGACGGCCGAUCCAGUCCAGUUUGAACCUGUCACACCAGACUGAGAAGCAGACUGAGACGUGAUAACUGCAUGUGCCGGCUCUGGCCCUGGCUACAGCCAUGCCUCUUCUGGAAGAAACCACUGUGCCUCGAGAGCAUCCCCCCACACUGCCUGUGGUCAUCAUAGGUAACGGGCCAUCAGGUAUCUGCCUGUCCUACCUGCUGAGUGGCUACAAGCCCUACCUGGACCCUUCAGCUGUUCACCCAAACCCUGUUCUGUACAGGAAGUUACAGGAGACCAGACACCUGCCCAUCACUGAACAGGAUCUGGAGUAUCUGAGUGAAGGUCUGGAGGGGCGGUCAGGAAACCCUGUAGCGGUGCUGUUUGACACCCUGCUGCACCCCAAUGCGGAUUUUGGCUACGAGUUUCCCCCUGUGCUACAGUGGAGAAGAGACAAGCAGCAGCACCUCCCUCACCUGGUGCUGGGCAGGGCAACGCCUGGAGGGGCCUGGCACGUAAUGGAGGGCUCCAUGCUGACCAUCAGUCUGGGCAUCUGGAUGGAACUUCCAGGGAUCAACUACCGAGACCUGACUAACAAUGGCAAAUGCAGGGGCGUGACCAACAACCGGGCCACUCCAGAGGAGAUCUCGUCUUACUACCGUAACUACGUCAAGCUGAUGGGCCUGAAGCAGAACUUUGUUGACAACACCUACGUGACCUCUGUGCAGAAACUUUUCCGUGGACCCGAGGGGGAGGGUCUAGAGAAUGGCCAUGGGGGGUUGGGGGUGGGGGGAAAGGGGGUGUACGAGGGGAGGGAGGGUGAAGGUGUAGACGAAGGGGGAGGUGGGGGCCUGUGGGAGGUGAGGGGGUACCAGCGGGUGCAGGGCGACACCCACGUUCCUUUCUGCCUGUUUUCGGAGAAUGUAGUUCUGGCCACGGGCGCGUCUGAUUCGCCAGCUCAGCUGGGUGUGGAGGGGGAGGAGCUUCCCUUCGUGUUUCACAGCAUCUCUGCCCUGGGAUUGGCUGUGAGCCGGAAGAAGCUUGGGCCAAACUCUGAUCCGGUGCUGAUUGUGGGGGCGGGGUUAAGCGCGGCGGAUGCGGUUUUGUGCGCUUGUAACAACAACAUUUCCGUGCUGCAUGCCUUCCGCAAACACGUAGACGACCCAGGCCUCAUCUUUAAACAGCUACCCAAGACCCUCUACCCAGAAUACCACAAGGUCUACCACAUGAUGCACUCCCAGACCCACGCAACACCAAACAUGGCUGCCACCUCCACCACCAAUGGCCUUCCCAGCAUGGCCGCCUCAGUCUGCUCCAAGAUGUGCUCCAAGCCCCAACACACCACAACUAACAUGGCCUCCAAUGGUGGUCCCGUUCUGUUCCCUGACUACACCAGCUUCCCAGAGCACUGCGUGGAGUCCUUCCAGCCAGACAUGAAGUGUGUCCUGCAGGGGAGCAACUCCCUCAAGGCCUUUAAGAUCUCCAUGGCCCUGGUGUUGAUCGGCACCCAUCCCAACCUAUUCUUCCUCAAGGGCCAGGGCCAGUACCUGGGACUGGACCCCACCAAACCCAUCUCCUGCAAGCAGAACCCCGUGGAUGUGCACCCCUACACCUUCGAGUGCACCAAGGACCCAGGACUGUUCGCCAUGGGCCCGCUGGUGGGAGACAACUUUGUUCGCUUCCUAAAGGGCGGGGCUCUAGGCAUUGCCUCCUGCCUGCUCAAGAGACUGAAGAAGAAAGGCAAGCUGAUCGCAGAAGGGGGAGGAGUAGGAGGGCAGUUUAUCUAGGUGAAGUGUGGAUGGAGAGGAACGAGGUGGUGAAAGAGUUGGAAGGGAGAGAGGAGGAAGAGGCAUCUUUAUUUAAUCGAAGGGAGAAAGGAGAGGAAGGAGGUGGAGAAAGGGAGGAGAGUAAGGAGGAAGAGGAGGGGGUUCAUCUUAGUAAAAAUAGCUACUAUAACCAAUGGAGUUCUGAGUUAAAAGGGCAAAGCCAAACAGUAAGUUUUUUAAUAUUUUAUCGUUUGCAGUGGACAUGCCUAUUUGAACUCUGAAGCUUUCUUACCACUUCUCUGAGAGAACUGAAAACAAUGGAAGUGGAGGCAGGCUAGUUACAGUUCAUGACCAGGUUCAGCCCACCACCUGUUACAGCUCCACUGUUCUGGUUUCUGCUGGGAAGCUGUCACAGGGUUUAAUGUCCUCUAUCCAGAAAUCCAAUCUGCAGUGUGACAAUGUUUUUUAAGUCAUAUUUCUGAUAUUUUGUAAUGUCUUGAGUUUUUGUUAUUUGCUCACCUUGUCUUUCAUGCAAGUGCAUUUUCUGAUUUCUCAUCUACUUUAAACAAUUGUUCUACUAUUUCUCUGAUGGCCUUCACCAUGCAAUGGACUGUGAACCACUACAACUCCCCUUUAAAGGCUCAAGGAAAUGGAACUUUGUAGAGAUAGGCCCAUAGCUGCUAUAGUGUUUCUGCCAUCAUCUCAAUUCUGAGUUUCUCAUCAGUGCCAAGCUACAGACCCCAAGCAGUAUCUGGCAGACCAGGAUGUCAUGGGAAUGUUGAAGUAACAGAUGAAUCACCAUCCUCAUCAGACGAAGUAGAACUAACUCACUAUGGUUGGAGCGCUCCACUUAACGCUUUUCCUACGCAAACCCUUCCACUCACACACCUGACCUGAAUGUAUUCUGGAUCAGAUAACUCACUGCUAACUUACUGUACAUGUCAGCCUGAUUUCAAACAAUGGGGCAUAAGAGUUCUCUAUUGAUGUUAGACCAUAACAAAAUGCCAAAUAGUGUGAGGACUGAGGGUAGUUUCAUUCAUUUAUUGAACCAGUCAGUCGCCUUUAGAAUGUGUGUAUUCAUAUGCAGUUUAUUUCCACAUGCAAUCAUCCUCAAGACUGAAGCUGCUUGCAGAAAAGAAAAAAACAAAACAAAUUGUGGAAUUGGGAUAAAAUAUAUAUUGUUGACAAGAUCAGCAAACUGAAAAUGUAUGGACAGUUCCUGGUCAAUAUGCUGUAUUCCAAACUAACCAGCCCUUAAGCACUAUAUCCAGACCUGAAAAGAUGAAUCAGUGGAUACGUGUAAUUGUAAGGUGGUGGUAGUCACUCAACCUUGCCCCCAGAUAGACCAUCAGCUUAUGGCUAAUUACACCUACAUGUCCAAUCUACACAGUAGGUGCCUUGAUGAGAAGGGUUAACUAGGGGUUGAUUAAUAAGAAAAGGAAACAGCAGGUUCCCCAACCCCUGGGGUCUAACCAGGGUUUUCUACUACUGUCUUACAACACAUAACCCACGGUCUUCUCCUGUUCACAACAGACAAACACGCUGCUUUGUGCUUGGUAGAGUUGGACUCCUCUCU